AUGUCCCUCCCAAAACCCCACCCUCCCCCUCCCCGCUGGCUCGAGACGUACCUCCUUAUACGGGAGAUGCGCGCCCGGCUAGUCGCUGCUGUGGAUACGAUGGGUUGUGACCGACCGCAGGACAGGACUCUGGACCCCAAGAGCAGGAGACUGACGAUCCUUGUCAGUCUGAUGCUGAGCAGCCAGACGAAGGACGAGACUACUAGUGCUGCUGUUACGGCACUGGCGGGGAAGAUGGGGGGAGUGAUCACCCUCCAGGGAAUGCUCGAUGCGAGUGACGAGAGUGUACAGGAGGCGAUAUGCAAAGUUGGGUUUUGGAGACGGAAGACUCAGUAUUUACGCCAGACGAUGGAGAAGCUGCGAGAUGAGUUCGACGGAGACGUGCCCAAGACUGUGGACGAACUGUGUUCCCUCCCAGGGGUAGGACCAAAGAUGGCCUUCCUCUGUCUGCAAAAUGCGUGGGACAUCAACGUCGGUAUCGGGGUUGACACACAUGUGCACAGGAUCACCAACCGCCUGGGAUGGCAUAAGCCCCCGACGACAACGCCUGAGCAGACGAGGCUGAACCUCCAGAGCUGGCUCCCGAGAGAGUAUCAUGCUGAGAUCAACCAUAUGCUUGUGGGGUUUGGGCAGGCGCUGUGCUUUCCUGUGGCGCCCAGGUGUGAUUUGUGUGCUCUGGCGGAAAAGAAGUUGUGCCCGAGCAGGAGCAAGGUGGGGAAUGUUGAAGGGAGGAAGGAAGUGGUGUGGAAGAAGGAAGAAGGGGAGGUGAAGCUCGAGGUGGAGGAGAUUGGGGAGUUGGGAGGAAGGAGAGAGGUGUUUGUCAACGUUCCUGGAGAAGGGAGUGCGGAGGUGGACGUGAAGGUUGAAGAAGGAGAAGAAGAGGUGGAUGAGAUUGUUCAAGAGGUAGAGAAGGCGGUUGAGGGGAAAGAGGUGAAUGGGAGAGUUAAGGAGGCAUUGGAGUGGUGA